GUUCAACCAAUAAUCACCCCUGGCAACGAUGGAAUGGUUCAUCAUAUGACAGUAUUCAAGUGCCACCCUAAUCCCAACCGCACGGUGGCGCACCAGGACCAUCCGGGGCACGAGUGCUAUACUCCCAACAUGCCUCAGGACUGGAGCGAAUGUUACAAAGGGAGUCUCAUAGGAGCCUGGGCUGUGGGCACUGGGGAUCUGAGUUUCCCCAGCCAUGUGGGGUAUCCUAUCGGUGAUGAUACUGACGGAGGACAGGUUCUACUGGAGGUCCAUUACGAUAACCCAUUAUACAAGGAAGGUACAACGGAUAACUCCGGUCUGAAGUUUCUCUACACACCGGAGCUACGUCAGUAUGACGCAGGCAUCCUUGUGGUGACACAGAGCGUGGACUACUCCCAAAUUGUCCCUCCCUACGCCGACGACUUUAGGAUGGACACUUUCUGCAACCAGGAAUGCCUUACUGAGUUCAUAGACAAAGUUGGUGAACGGAUUCAUGUGUUCGGAAACACGCCCCACGCCCAUCUGCUCGGCAGGAAGAUGAAAACAUCCGUCAUAAGAGACGGCGUAGAGACGGUUCUGUCUCAAGACAACAACUAUGAUUUCAACCUGCAGUACGUACGGAUGUUGGACCAGGAGUUCAUCAUCCAAAAGGGGGACACGAUUAUGACAGAGUGUACGUACAACUCAGCACAUAAGAACCAAGCUGUCUACGGAGGAUUGGGGACUGACAACGAGAUGUGUGAAAGUAUUCUCUUCUACUACCCGAGGAUCGACAUGACUUUCUGUGACAGUUCUCCACAUCCACGACACAUCCUCAGUUUUGCCGGUGUCGAAGAGAUCAAUUACAGCUUGGAUGCUCCAGGAUGGAUAAAUAGCAUCCCGGUUCUGAAACCAGUCAGCAUGUCCAAUAUGACCUACGCGGAUGUAGUGGAGAGUAUCGUGUGGGACAGGAACAAGGCGCAGCGGUUCUCCACACAUCUCCGGGAGGGGCCGUUCAUAUCGGAUUGUGGGUUCAGAGGGCAGAGCAGUCUGGGCAUGUCACAUUUCCGCAAGGAGAGCCCUCUGCCCAGGGCAACAGUCCCGGCUGCUGCACCAGAAGACGUUUGUAGCACGUCUCUAGGGACGGUCGGGCCUGAGAUGGUCACAAUGCUGCAUCUUCUGCCAAUUAUAAUAUGUUCGAUUCUAUACACACUGUAAACCAUCGCACUGUUGAAAGAAACAAUCGGGAGUUGUCAUAGAGGUACCUGUAGUAAAACAUACAAUGUACCAAGAAUACGUUAGCGCUGUUGAUGUGGAUGAAUGACAUCAUGGCAUUUACAAGUACACAUUGGUUCAGCGUAUCCAAAGCUGGACAGGUCAUCUAUCAUAUAGAAUGACAAUGCCUGCCCCGAGUAUGAGGAAGCUUUAGGCGUUAUCCACAUGUGAAUAACCUUGGUACGUAAAUAAAACCCGAUCUUACAUACUAAUAAUCGCACAUACUUGAUGCUCGUGGUGAAACAAUGUGUUUGUUUCUAAUUACAUUCAAGAUGAUCGUUUAUUUACAAGCCUUGAAUCGCGGUAGAUAGCUUCAAUAGCAGAUUUUAAUGCAGAGAACCUUGCCAUAUUAUCAACAAGACAACAUGGCCUACAAACGCAAUUAUGACACUCGUAACCUUCACUGCAAAAAAUGGAAGUUUUCCAUCAACCCUACCCAACCCUAAAAUAUAUCUUCCUACCGUUACCUACGAGUGAUAUAGAUAAACAAUUCGCAGAAUUAGUAUAUCUUACAGCCCCAAACUUGCAGAAACAAUACAAACGUCCAGCGCAAACUUAAAGACAGACGUUUAGAUGCAUACACCAGGAUGGCUAUUAGAUCAAAAUAUAUACCUUUGUUUACAAAUUCUCUUUUGUGAUUUUAUUAAAAAAACUAGAGUUCCACGAACACAUAUCUAUGCCAAAUAAAACAAUUUUUUAAAUGAA